GAGUGUGGGGCAGGGCCAGCUUAAGGCUGCCAGCUACUGGCAGUGAGGAAAUCCAGAGGGCAGCAGCCUGCACUUAGGCAGCCCUCACUCACUGCCUGCCUGCAGCCAGUUCUGUGCGAGGCGCAAUGGCCCCGAGGACAGGAGGCCCAGCUCUGGUGGUACUUCUGGCUUUCUGGGUGGCACUGGGCUCCUGUGACCUGCAAGGGUCAGAUCCUGGAGCAUCCACAGAUGCCGAGGGCCCCCCGUGCCCUGUCACCUGUACCUGCAGCUAUGACGACCACACAGAGGAGCUCAGCGUCUUCUGCAGUUCGAGGAACCUCACACGGCUGCCUGAUGGCAUCCCAGCGAGCACCAGGGCCCUGUGGCUGGACGGCAACAACCUCUCCUCCAUCCCCUCGGCGGCUUUCCAAAACCUGUCCAGCUUGGACUUCCUCAACCUGCAGGGCAGCUGGCUGAGCAGUCUGGAGCCCCAGGCGCUGCUGGGCCUGCAGAACCUCUACCACUUGCACCUGGAGCGGAACCUGCUCCGAGGUCUCACUGCUGGCUUGUUCACGCACACGCCCAGCCUGGCUUCACUCAGCCUGAGCAACAACCUCCUGGGCCGGCUGGAAGAGGGGCUGUUCCGGGGCCUCGGUCACCUCUGGGACCUCAACCUGGGCUGGAACAGCCUAGUGGUACUGCCCGAUACUGUGUUCCAGGGCCUGGGUAACCUCCGGGAGCUGGUGCUGGCUGGCAACAAACUGGCUUACCUGCAGCCUUCGCUCUUCUGUGGCUUGGGUGAGCUGCGAGAGCUGGACCUGAGCAGGAACGCGCUGCGCAGCGUCAAAGCCAACGUCUUCAUACACCUGCCCAGGCUGCAGAAGCUGUACCUGGACCGCAACUUUGUCACAGCUGUGGCCCCCGGUGCCUUCCUGGGCAUGAAGGCACUGCGCUGGCUGGACCUGUCCCAUAACCGCGUGGCAGGCCUCCUGGAGGACACCUUCCCAGGCCUGCUGGGUCUGCAUGUUCUGCGCCUGGCACACAACGCCAUCACUAUCUUGCGGCCCCGUACUUUCAAAGACUUACACUUCUUGGAGGAAUUGCAGCUUGGUCACAAUCGCAUCCGGCAGUUAGGUGAGAAGACAUUUGAGGGCCUUGGGCAGCUCGAGGUGCUCACGCUCAAUGACAAUCAGAUCCACGAGGUCAAGGUGGGUGCCUUCUUUGGUCUCUUCAAUGUGGCCGUUAUGAAUCUCUCCGGCAACUGUCUGAAGAGCCUCCCAGAGCGAGUGUUCCAGGGCCUGGGCAAGCUGCACAGCCUGCACCUGGAGCACAGCUGCCUGGGCCGCAUCUGCCUGCACACUUUCGCCGGCCUCUCGGGGCUGCGCAGGCUCUUCCUCAGGGGCAACAGCAUCUCCAGCAUCGAGGAGCAUAGUCUGGCGGGUCUCUCUGAGCUCCUUGAGCUUGAUCUUACCGACAACCAGCUCACACAUCUGCCCCACCAGCUUUUCCAGGGACUUGGUCAGCUCGAGUACCUGCUUCUCUCGUAUAACCGGCUGUCGGCGCUGUCUGAGGAUGUCCUGAGCCCCUUGCAGCGGGCCUUCUGGCUGGACAUCUCCCACAACCGCCUGGAGGGGCUGUCAGAAGGCCUUUUCUCACGACUGGGGCGGCUGCGCUACCUCAGCCUCAGGAACAACUCUUUGCACACCUUCUCGCCACAGCCUGGCCUGGAGCGUCUGUGGCUUGAUGCCAACCCCUGGGACUGCCACUGUCCCCUCAAGGCACUGCGUGACUUUGCCCUGCAGAACCCCGGCGUUGUCCCCCGCUUUGUUCAGACUGUCUGUGAGGGGGAUGACUGCCAACCGGUGCACACCUACAACAACAUCACCUGUGCGGGCCCUGCCGACGUCGCAGGCCUCGACCUUCGAGACAUUAGCGAAACACAUUUUGCGCACUGCUGACUCUGGCUACCACUGGCCUGGUUUGGCCUAAUGCCGCCUUGUGGUCAGGACAGUUCUCACUGUUACCAGAAUCGCCAGCCCUCGAAGCCAGUGGGGGGAGGGGCGGAGAAUACCUACCCAUCUCUAGGGAACAGGUUCUAGGCUGCUCACAUCCUGGAAGCAGGGCAGUACUGGCAGCCAUGUGGCCUAAACUCAGAAAGGUGGGCACAGGCCAGGUGCCCAAGGACCCAACCAGGAGGCGAAGCACUCAGCAGCACUCCCUGCUGGCAACAAUUAAAAGCAAGCACUAAGCAUGGCUUGU